GAAUUUCUAUUUGAAGUUAGUUCCUUUGUCCUUUUAACAUGACUCCACUAUUUGUAGGGGUUUCCUUGCCUUGUUGCAUAAUAAAGUAUCCCCACAUGUGUCUAGAACAUUCUUGCCCCUGCCCCAAACUAGUCAUUCCUUUUAGGAACCUUGUUCCUUUAAGAGGAAAUGCUGUUUAGGGACCAUGGUCUUUGUGUUUAUUUAAUUAUUUAUUUGAAAUAUACAGUAGUGAAGAAGGAUUUAACAUACCUGGUAAAAAGAAAUAUUAAGAAGAUAUAGUGAAAAAUAAGUGUGUUUUUACUUAGUAGAUGCUCCAUAACUUUGAUUGAUUAAGUGAUUUAGUGGGAGAAUGAAUGAAUGGCUAUCUGAUUAUUAGCAUCUUUUUUAAACAACGAAGUCAUUUCUUUCCAUCUGCUCUAAUUUCUUAUAUGAAGUAGCCAAGGGAGAGGUUUUCCCAUCAGAGCUGAUAAGCUUCCAUCAGGCCUCACCUGCUCCUCUCCUUUUGAUUAGAACGGUGUGCUGCUGAGGACUGUCUUGGACCCUGUCACUGGGGAUCUGUCUGACACUCGCACUCGGUACCUGGGGUCCCGUCCUGUGAAGCUCUUCCGAGUCCGAAUGCAAGGCCAGGAGGCAGUAUUGGCCAUGUCAAGCCGCUCAUGGUUGAGCUAUUCUUACCAAUCUCGCUUCCAUCUCACCCCCCUGUCUUACGAGACACUGGAAUUUGCAUCGGGUUUUGCCUCGGAACAGUGUCCCGAGGGCAUUGUGGCCAUCUCCACCAACACCCUGCGGAUUUUGGCGUUAGAGAAGCUCGGUGCUGUCUUCAAUCAAGUAGCCUUCCCACUGCAGUACACACCCAGGAAAUUUGUCAUCCACCCUGAGAGUAACAACCUUAUUAUCAUUGAAACGGACCACAAUGCCUACACUGAGGCCACAAAAGCUCAGAGAAAGCAGCAGAUGGCAGAGGAAAUGGUGGAAGCAGCAGGUGAGGAUGAGCGGGAGCUGGCCGCAGAGAUGGCAGCAGCAUUCCUUAAUGAAAACCUCCCUGAAUCCAUCUUUGGAGCUCCCAAGGCUGGCAAUGGGCAGUGGGCCUCUGUGAUCCGGGUGAUGAAUCCCAUUCAGGGGAACACACUGGACCUUGUUCAGCUGGAACAGAAUGAGGCAGCUUUUAGUGUGGCUGUGUGCAGGUUCUCCAACACUGGUGAAGACUGGUAUGUGCUGGUGGGUGUGGCCAAGGACCUGAUACUAAACCCCCGAUCUGUGGCAGGGGGCUUCGUCUAUACUUACAAGCUUGUGAACAAUGGGGAAAAACUGGAGUUUUUGCACAAGACUCCUGUGGAAGAGGUCCCUGCUGCCAUUGCCCCAUUCCAGGGGAGGGUGUUGAUUGGUGUGGGGAAGCUGUUGCGUGUCUAUGACCUGGGAAAGAAGAAGUUACUCCGAAAGUGUGAGAAUAAGCAUAUUGCCAAUUAUAUCUCUGGGAUCCAGACUAUUGGACAUAGGGUAAUUGUAUCUGACGUCCAAGAAAGUUUCAUCUGGGUUCGCUACAAGCGUAAUGAAAACCAGCUUAUCAUCUUUGCUGAUGAUACCUACCCCCGAUGGGUCACUACAGCCAGCCUCCUGGACUAUGACACUGUGGCUGGGGCAGACAAGUUUGGCAACAUAUGUGUGGUGAGGCUCCCACCUAACACCAACGAUGAAGUAGAUGAGGACCCUACAGGAAACAAAGCCCUGUGGGACCGUGGCUUGCUCAAUGGGGCCUCCCAGAAGGCAGAGGUGAUCAUGAACUACCAUGUCGGGGAGACGGUGCUGUCCUUACAGAAGACCACGCUGAUCCCCGGAGGCUCAGAAUCACUUGUCUAUACCACUUUGUCUGGAGGAAUUGGCAUCCUUGUGCCAUUCACGUCCCAUGAGGACCAUGACUUCUUCCAGCAUGUGGAAAUGCACCUGCGGUCUGAACAUCCCCCUCUCUGUGGGCGGGACCACCUCAGCUUUCGCUCCUACUACUUCCCUGUGAAGAAUGUGAUUGAUGGAGACCUCUGUGAGCAGUUCAAUUCCAUGGAACCCAACAAACAAAAGAACGUCUCUGAAGAACUGGACCGAACCCCACCCGAGGUGUCCAAGAAACUUGAGGAUAUCCGGACCCGCUAUGCCUUCUGAGCCCUCCUUUCCCCGUGGGGCUUGCCAGAGACUGUGUGUUUUGUUUCCCCCACCACCAUCACUGCCACCUGGCUUCUGCCAUGUGGCAGGAGGGUGACUGGAUAAUUAAGACUGCAUUAUAAAAGCCAACAGCUCUUUCCCCUUAGCUCUUCUCCUGGAAUGACUGGCUUCCCCUCAAAUUGGCACUGAGAUUUGCUACACUUCUCCCCACCUGGUACAUGAUACACAACCCCAGGUUCCAGUGUGGAACCCGAGUUUCCCAUUCCCCAAAGCUGUCCCUACAUUGAUAUGUCUUGACUCUCCUGUCUACUUUUGCACACACCCUUAAUUUUUAACUGGUUUUCCUGUAAAUACAGUUUUGUAUAAUGUUAUCUUUGUGGGAGGAAGGAAGGCAGGCUGUGGUGGGACUGGGUAGGGUAUAGUAUCACUCCUGAGUUCCACUGCUCUAGAAUCUAACCAGAAAUAGAAACCUAGUUUUUAAGGUGA